UCUUGUUUUGUAUUAUGGUCUGUUUAUUUUAUUAAAACACUCACUCCCUGAACAUGCUUCCCGACUCUCAGCGCACAUCCUUACAGAAUGAAGCAUCAUGGAGUGUUUUUUCGAGUUAGGUGGGAAUGAAGUUGGGUCUGGGAGCUGCUACAGGCUUUCAUGCCUCAGCCCGGAUCGACAGGCUCUCAUGCCUCGACCGGCUCGCUGGUCUUUCAUGCCUUCGCCAAGAUCGCCAGGCUCCUCUGCUUCCACUGGCUCUUCAGGCUCUUACACCUCAACCUUUAUCGCCAGGUUCUCUUGCCUCAGCCGGUCUGUCAGGUUCCCGCGUACCAGCCGGCGACAGGUUCCCGCGCAUCAGCGGGGGUGACCGGUCCGCUCAUGAUCCCGGGCAUCGUCCUUUGGGUUGGCGUCCUGCGCCUGGAGCCGUACGCGCCGGGGACGAGGUACGGUCAGUUAUGCUCUCCGGCGCUCUGUCGUCAUGCUCCUUCGUCUUAGCCGGAUUGACGGCUUUCCUGCGCCUCUGCAGAGGUGACCGGUCCGCUCCUGUUCCCUGGGAUCGUCAUUUUGGUCGGCGUCCUGCGGCUGAAGCUACACUUCGGGGAGGAGGUUCAGUCACGCGUGCUCCCACUCCGGCUUCCAGGUCACCAGGCUGCUCGUUAUGGCGCACACCUGUCACCAUCGUUACGCGCACCAGCGCAUCGUCAGAUACAUGGACUCAUCACUUCCUUUAUUACCUGCCCCUUUGGUUCUUUCCCCAUGCAUCUUUGUUUCUGUUUCAUAUUCUUGGUUUUUAUUAAAUCACCCACUCACUCCCUAAACGUGCUUCCCGACUCUCACCGCACAUCGUUACGCGUAAAUCCGCCUGCUAGCCACUGCUUGUCCACUAAGUCAUGUCAGCCCCAGGUUACCCAUCCCCUCACCAGGGUCCUGGAAGUUACUCCACGGCACCCUACCCUGUUCCUCAUGGUGGGUAUGGUGACCCUAACCAUGCUCCCCCACUGAUUGACUUCCAUAUGGGCUACAACCACAAACAACUCCACCCAGGCCAGCCUGUGAUGCAUCAGCCUGUGCCCAUGCCCGAAUAUGGGGUACCUCAAAUGGGCCCAGGCUAUGGUGGUCCUGGGCCUGAAUUCGGUGCACCUAACUUGGGUCCUCCUGUAGCCACCUCCCCAGCCCCUGCAGCAGUUGUGCCUGUUGGAGUUCCACCUGGUCUGGAAUACCUAACACAGAUUGACCAGCUCCUUAUACACCAAAAAGUGGAGUUGCUGGAAGUGUUCAUUGGCUUUGAGACCAACAACCAGUACGAGAUCAAGAACAGCCUGGGUCAGAAGAUCUACAAGGCCAAGGAGAAGAACGACUGCUGCACACGCAACUGCUGCGUUGCCCUGCGUAGCUUUGACAUGAAGAUCAAGGACAACACGGACCGCGAGGUCAUCCGCCUCAUACGACCCUUCCGCUGUGCCUCCUGCUGGUGCCCCUGCUGCCUGCAAGAGCUCGAGGUCCAAGCCCCACCUGGCACCACCAUAGGCUAUGUGUCCCAGGACUGGAACCCCUGCGUGCCGAAGUUCUCCAUCAAGGGGGCCAACACGGAGACCGUAAUGAAGCUGGAAGGACCCUGCUUUGCCUGCAACUGCUGCGGGGAUGUGAAUUUUGAGCUGACGGGGGAAGAUGGAGGCAAGCCCAUCGGCCGCAUCAGUAAGCAGUGGGGUGGCCUGAUAAAGGAGGUCUUCACCUACACGGACAACUUUGGCAUCCAGUUCCCCAUGGACCUGGACGUCAAGAUGAAGGCUGUGCUCAUGGGUGCCUGCUUCCUCAUCGAUUUCAUGUUCUUCGAGAAGGACUGAGCACUUCAAACGUCAAACUCUCUUUCUGUUCCCAUUUGCAAUCCCCCCUUUUUCCGAUUCUGUUUGAUACUCCUUCCUUAUUUGAAACCUUGGCUUAGAGGAAGCUGCCAAUCCUAGAACUCAUUCUGUGUAACACGUGAGGUCUUAUCUGAUGAGCUUACAUAGCCUCUGGACUGUUUCUGUCUAUCCACCCAAAUGUAAGAAUCAGCAACUGGGCUAUGAGACAUAGGCCUUGUCUUUCGUGGGUUUCUCCACUGAGUUAUCUGUUUUUUGCAUUUGUUCUAUCAAAUUGAUUUCUUGGCUAUCUAUGUACAUUUGGGGGUUCAGAACUGUAUGGAAACUUUACAUGUUCUUCAAUACUUUUUCAGUAUUUUCUUUUAGUCACUGCCAUGGCAAGUAUUUUAUCAUACCGAACAGCUUCAGUUGCAGUAUUACAUUCUAGAUUCUUUAUUUUAGUGUUGCGAAUUAUGAUUACUUACUGUUGUCACCUGUCAAAUCCACUUCAAUCAGUGUAGAUGAAGGGGAGGAGAUGGGUUAAAAUAGGAUUUUUAAUUCUUGAGACUGUGUAUUUGUGCUAUUCAGAGGGUGAAUGGGCGAGACAAAAGAUGUGUGCCUUUGAAUGGGGUAGCAGGUGCCAGGCAAAUCGGUUUGUGUCGAACUGCACCGCUGCUGACUUCUUCACGCUCAACAGUUUCCCGUGUGUAUCAAGAAUGCUCCGCCACCCAUAAGCCACCUUGACACAACUGUGGGAAGCAUCGUAGUCGGCAUCCCUGUGGAACGCUUGAUGAGUCCAUGCCCUGACGAACCGAGGCUGUUCUGCGCGCAAAAGGGGGUACGACUCCAAUAUUAGCAAGGUGGUCCUAAUGUUUUGUACACUCGGUGUAUGUUUUUCCAGGCCUCAGUUGUUCCUUGACAAGCACCAUUCAUUCACGCUGUCAAACAUUUUAAUGGUACUACUUGUGAUAGUAACUAUAGCCACUGGGGAAGUGGGAGAGAGUGAGGUGGCUGCCAUCUGAGUCAACAUCUUUUUUUUUGCAGCAGUGAUUGUCAGUGAUUCAAGGAGCUAUCAUCAUUAAGUAACAUAAUUGAUGCGAAGCAUUGAGUAUUUACAUUCAUCCACUUAAAAAAAAAAAAAAAACUUUGUCCCAGAAUCAUUUACCUGCAGGGCACGCCUUCAUCAUGAAGGAAUGUGCUUACCUGACUUAAGGGACAUAGUGAAGAGUUGGGGCCAAUUUCUUGGUCAACUGUUUCCUUUGGUGUUACAUACAGUGUCAUUUUGUUCAUGGGGUGAGUAUGAUGACUCUGUGCACUGUUUAGGGAGAGUGUUAUAUUUGUAUUAGGCAAUGAGGGUCUGGUUUCAAUCAGUAGUGCCGAAGAUCAGCGUGAUUGAAAUUUAAAUGCAAUAUAUCUGCAUUUGCAUUAAACGCUGCAUAUGUCGGCUCAAUCGAAAAUGACUUUUUGAAUUUCAACCAUGCGUCUCUUCGGCACUACAGAUUGAAUCCAGCCCUGGGUCAAACAGUUGUGGUAAAUAAAGCAGUUUUGUACCCUU